GUCAAAAUAAAGUACAUAACCUCACAUAGAUAUGAGUUUUAUUAUUAAUGCCUUAAAAUCAAUUUUACAUAGAAUGCUCCAACUCUUUUCUUUCGGAAAACGAACAAUCACUAAUUCUCUAAGUAUUUAUAUUAAAACUAGCACCGGCAACACGUUAGCUGUUGAUUUAGAUCCACAAUGGGAUAUCAAGAACAUCAAAGAGUUGGUGGCCCCCAAGUUGGGAUUACAACCGGAAGAAGUUAAAAUUAUCUUCGCAGGGAAAGAAUUAGGCGAUUCUGUAACGAUUGCGGAAUGUGAUUUGGGGCAACAAAGUAUUUUACACGCAGUUAGAAAUAAAAAAAGACCAAAGUUACCUAGUCAAUCUAAUAGUUUAUUAGAGGAAUGUGAAGAAGUUGAGCAAGGUUCUAAACCUCUUUGCGAAAUUUUAUCUGAUAUUGAUUUUUCAACGGAAAGUGAAACUUCAUUUAAUAAAAGUCAGGAAAGCGAGCAAUCUAACGUGCAUUUUUAUGUAUUUUGUCCAACUUGUAAAAGUUUUAAAAAUGGAAAAUUACGCGUACGUUGUCACUUUUGUAAAUCAGGGGCGUUUACGGUUCAUUCGGAUCCUCAAAGUUGGACUGACGUAUUAGAGAAAAAAAGGAUAACUGGUUUAUGUGAAAAUGCACAAGAAUUAUGUGAAAAUAUUUUAAAUAAUGCUGAGCCUACAUUUGCUGAGUUUUAUUUCAAAUGUUCUGAGCAUCCUUCUUUAGGUGAAAAUGACCAAGCUGUGCCUUUAUAUUUGAUACGCCCGAAUUUAAGGGAAAUUCCUUGCUUGGCCUGUGGGGAUGUUAGUAAUCCGGUUUUUGUAUUUCCUUGUCCGGAUGGUCAUGUAACUUGUUUAGACUGUUUCCGACAAUAUUCAACAACCAGAUUACGCGAACGACAAUUUUGGCAACAUCCUGAAUAUGGUUAUACUUUGGGAUGCCCUGCGGGUUGUUCUGACUCUUUUAUUACAGAAAUACAUCAUUUUAGGCUGUUAAGUGAAGUCCAUUACGAACAAUACCAAAGGUUUGCCACUGAGGAAUAUGUUUUACAAGCUGGAGGCGUUUUAUGUCCACAACCCGGUUGUGGAAUGGGAAUUUUAGCUGAUGAAGGUUGCAAUAAAAUAGCUUGUGUAAACGGUUGUGGUUAUGUUUUUUGCCGAUUAUGUUUACAAGGUUAUCACAUUGGCGAAUGUCAAUCGUCGGAACCAACUGGGUUAAAUGGGGAAUGUAGUUAUAAUGUUGAUCCAGCAAGAGCCUCUGGAUCUCGUUGGGAUGAAGCUUCAAGAGUUACAAUUAAAGUUAUUACAAAACCUUGUCCAAAAUGUCGUACCCCAACAGAGAGAGAUGGUGGUUGUAUGCAUAUGGUUUGUACAAGAGCUGGUUGUGAAUUUCAUUGGUGUUGGGUUUGCCAAACACCUUGGACGAGAGAUUGCAUGAGUAACCAUUGGUUUGGUUAAAUUACCAAAAAGAUAUUGUUACCUUUAAUAAAUUGUUGUAUAUUUGUACAAUAAAUUCAUACCCCUAUUGACUUGAAACAAAAAAAGUAGUUAUUGUUUAGUUACUAUAUGUAAAUAAUUUUGUUCUUUUGAAACUGACAUUGUCAUUUGUCUUAAUUGUUUUUAUAAACAAUAAACCAAAUAAUAGAUAA